GCUCUCUGCUCUUCCCCGUUCGACAGACAGCCGCAUCUUCAGGUGCAGUGCCAGCCGCGUGCCCGAGACACGAUGGUGAAGGUCGGAGUGAACGGAUUUGGCCGUAUUGGGCGCCUGGUCACCAGGGCUGCUUUUAACUCUGGUAAAAUGGAUAUUGUCGCCAUCAAUGACCCUUUCAUUGAUCUCAACUACAUGGUCUACAUGUUCCAGUAUGAUUCUACCCACGGUAAAUUCAACGGCACAGUCAAGGCUGAGAACGGGAAGCUUGUCAUCAAUGGGAAGUCCAUCUCCAUCUUCCAGGAGCGAGAUCCCGCCAACAUCAAAUGGGGCAAUGCUGGUGCUGAGUAUGUUGUGGAGUCCAGUGGGGUCUUCACCACCAUGGAGAAGGCUGGGGCUCACUUGAAGGGCGGGGCCAAGAGAGUCAUCAUCUCUGCUCCUUCUGCUGAUGCCCCCAUGUUCAUGAUGGGUGUGAACCAUGAGAAGUAUGACAACUCCCUCAAGAUUGUCAGCAAUGCCUCCUGUACCACCAACUGCUUGGCUCCUCUGGCCAAGGUCAUCCAUGACAACUUUGGCAUUGUGGAGGGACUCAUGACCACCGUCCAUGCCAUCACUGCCACCCAGAAGACUGUGGACGGCCCCUCUGGGAAGCUGUGGCGUGACGGCCGAGGGGCUGCCCAAAACAUCAUCCCUGCUUCCACUGGUGCGGCCAAGGCUGUAGGCAAGGUCAUCCCUGAGCUGAAUGGGAAGCUCACUGGCAUGGCCUUCUGUGUCCCCACCCCCAACGUGUCUGUUGUGGAUCUGACCUGCCGCCUGGAGAAAGCUGCCAAAUAUGAUGACAUCAAGAAGGUGGUGAAGCAGGCAUCAGAGGGCCCCCUUAAGGGCAUCCUGGGGUAUACUGAGGACCAGGUUGUCUCCUGCGACUUCAACAGUGACACCCACUCCUCUACCUUCGAUGCUGAGGCUGGCAUUGCUCUCAAUGACCACUUUGUCAAGCUCAUUUCCUGGUAUGACAAUGAAUUUGGCUACAGCAACCGGGUGGUGGACCUUAUGGUCCACAUGGCCUCCAAGGAAUAAGAGCCCCCUGAACCACCAGCCCCAGCCAGAGCAAGAGGAAGAGAGAGGCCCUCAGCUGCUGGGGAAUCCCUGCCCCAACUUAUCCCCUAAAACACUGAGAAUCUCCCAACCUCCACUGUUUCCAUCCCAGACCCCCUGAAGAAGGGGAGGGGCUUGGGGAGCCCUACCUUGUCAUGUACCAUCAAUAAAGUAUACUGUACCCA